CACUCACAGAAUAUCGGUUUAGAAGUACAGAGUCUCCGCCUCUCUCUCUCCCUCUCUUUUGCUGUCUUCGGGAAUCUUUUUUUUUUUUUUCCAGAGACCCUCUCGCAUUGCAGACGCUGAUAUCUCCCAGUAUCCAACGACAGAGAAAGAGAGAAGCUCUUUGCUGGUCCGUGUUUAGGGAGAGACAAACCUGGAACUACACUGCGCUAUACUACACUACACUACAAUACAAUACCCAACACAACACAACACUACACUACACUACGCUAACCUAGCAUAAAGAACGAGAAGGAGAGAGAGUAUUUUAGUCCGAGAGGCAGAGAUACGCACAUACUCCAGCCUGGAGAUGGGAGUGGUGAUGGGAACGUUUUCCAUGCAAACCAAGCAAGUGGGCUUUCGCAAAGACAAGGUAGAAGAUGACCUAGAGAUGACGACGGUGUGUCACAGGCCUGAGGGGCUGGAGCAGAUGGAGGCACAGACCAACUUCACCAAGAGAGAGCUGCAAGUGCUCUAUCGCGGCUUCAAAAACGAAUGCCCAAGUGGUGUGGUUGAUGAAGAUACCUUUAAGCAAAUCUAUGCCCAGUUCUUCCCACAGGGAGAUGCCAGCAUGUACGCACACUAUCUCUUUAAUGCCUUCGACUCUGCUCACAGUGGAUCUGUCAAAUUUGAGGAUUUUGUGACGGCGCUCUCAAUCCUGCUGAGAGGGUCAGUGAGGGAGAAGCUGAGCUGGACCUUCAACCUGUAUGACAUCAACAAGGAUGGCUACAUUAACAAGGAGGAGAUGACUGACAUCGUGAGAGCUAUUUACGAUAUGAUGGGCAAGUACACAUACCCAGCACUGAGGAGAGACGCACCACGGCAACAUGUCGACGCCUUCUUUCAGAAAAUGGAUAAAAACAAAGAUGGAGUCGUAACACUGGAUGAGUUCAUCAUGUCUUGUCAAGAAGAUGAAAACAUUAUGCGAUCCCUGCAGCUCUUUGAGAGUGUGAUGUAAGAGGGAGGACGGGCGGUUCAAAGACCACGAACUCUGUGUUUGAUCCUGUGUCCGGGGCUGAAGCAGGAGUGAACUGGGACCCCCUUCCACCCUGGUGGAGAGCCCAGGACACCCCUGUUUAUUCAUGGGGGA